UUGAUUCAUCGUGUACCGUGCAUAAUAAAAAAAAUACAUACACACAAUCACAACCUUUAUACAAUGGCCAGCGGCACGGGCAAAUCUUCGUGUUUUUCAGCACGCGUGUCAUUUGCCGCAAGCCAUUUGCGCGCCAACACAAACAAGAAUUACCGCACUGUUGUGGUGAAGGCCCAGCAGCAGCAGCAGCAGCAGUUGCAGAAGGCUACGGCUAGGGAAGUACGCGCUUCCUAUUUGUGGCAAACUAGAUUCUGUUUCCACUUCCCAUCGCUGAGGAAGCAGGUGGUGCAGUAGUAGUAGCAGCAGUUGCAUCUUUUUGUCAAUUGCGGUGCAGUUGCAGUUUAAGUGGCGCAAGAUGAGGACGCUUUACACGAUCUACUUCUUGCUGGCGGCGUCGUUCUUUGCCGGCAUUGUGAUAGCGGGAGUGUUGCAGCUCAGCAAAGACCAGCAGCAGGCGAAGCUGGAAGCGGCAGCCGAGGUGGCGGUGCGCAGCAAACGGGAGCUGCUGCGUGUUCUUGGUGGCGGUUUUGGUGGAGCUUCCGGCGCGAAUGCUGCCUCGAACGCGCUCAGUCAAAACGUGGGUGGAUUUGGCUUUUCCAGCUCGAACGCGAACGCAAACGCCUUCAACCAGCAGUUCGGACUCGGCGGGUUCGGUUCGUCCGCCGCCAACGCACAGGCCCAAUCGUUCCAGAGCGACGGACCGUUCGGAUCGUUCGGUGCGUCGGCCGCCAAUGCCGCCAGCCAGGGCUUCAGUGCCGGGCCGGGUGGGCUGGCCGGUUCGGCCGGUUUCUCUGGCAGCCAGACGUACAAUCUGCCCGGCAGCCGCAAGAUCUCGAUCGCCUAUUCGAACGGAUUUUCCCUCGCCAACGGGGGGCGGCCUACGGGAUCGAAUGGGUUCAGUAUUGCGCAGAGCUGAGACUAAUGUUCCUGUCUGGAGGAGUAUUUAAAGCAAAAGGAGCCAGAAAAAAACUAAUACUCCCUCAUAGCAAAAAGAAUCCCGUCCUACGGACGAAAAAUAUACGUAAAUGGCUAGAGAAAGUUAUACAUAGUUGAGUGGAUAGGUGCAGCAUAAUGUUAACUAUUUAUUGUACCCUUAAAGCACUACUUACAACGUACCAUACUACUAAAAGUUCACAAAAAAACACACUGCAAUGCAACAAUAGAGAAACAUGUAUUUACAAAACAUGUGUGUGCUUCCCGGGAAGCUCAACGUACACAGUGACUUAGUCAUAGAAGUGAUCGUACCAUUUUGCCUUUAUUUAGCAACAAAUAAAGUUAAAAAAAAACCCUUUGUCUUAUCGCUCA